AGAUUUGCUACAAACUACAUUGUACUUGAUAGCCUACAAAAAAAAAAAGAGUAGGUUUAAAAUCUCUAUUCACAUUUGAUGAAUGGGCAUAGGUUUAAAAUCUCUAUUCACAUAUGAUGAAUGGGCUGAGCAUGCUCUUAGUCGAACAAAAAUGGGUAGAGAAAUUGAAAGUACAGUUCUUAACCAUCAAUUUUGGGAUAGAGUGGUAAAAGUUUGUAACAUUUAUGUGCCUAUAUGUCGAGUAUUGCGUAUAGUUGACAUUGAAGUGUGGCCAACAUUAGGAGUUGUGUUUGAAGCAAUAAGGGUGAUGAAAGAUGCCAUUGAAAUAGGUGCAAGAAGUGCAAGAUGGGUUCUCAAAGUCAUCAAUGACUGGUGGGAAAGAACCCUUGAACAUCCUCUUCAUGCUGUAGGUAUAAAAUAUUUAUAAAUUUCAAGAAAUUCAUAUAUCAAAAUACUUAUUACAUAUUUAUAUUUUACUUUAUUUGAUUCACAGCUUAUUUCUUAAAUCCAAAAUGUCAAUACAAAGAAGGUGUUGGGGAAGAUCCUUAUUUUCUUGAUGCAGUUCACAAAGUUUUUAACACCCUUUAGCCACAUUCCUCGGGCCAGGAUCAAAUUGGAAAUGAGGUAUAUUUUAAAAAUAAAAUUUAAAUAAAAUAAGUCUUAAUCCAUGUUUAAUUAUUCAAUAACAUUAUUUUUUUUAGAUUAUUAUAUUUAGAGAUGCUAAAACAAGCUUUGGAGAAGCAGCUAGGGCAACCAUGGCACCUGUUGAUUGGUGGAUGAUGUAUGGAUCAAGUGCUCCAAUCCUAAGAAAGCUAGCAUUGCGCAUUUUGUCACAAACCGCAUCUUCAUUAGCUUGUGAACGAAAUUGGAGCACAUUUGCACUCAUUCACACAAAGCAAAGAAAUAGACUAGCCUACAGCAGACUUCAACAGCUUGCUUUUUGUUGUUACAACAUGAAGCUUCGAAUAAGAGAUAUGGAGGCCGAAAUGGACAAAGUGGCUGAACAAGAUCCCCUGGACCUUCUUGACAUAUCAGUUGAAUUGGGUGAUGACGAUGAGUAUCCACUUUUUCAAUGGAUUAGGCCAUCCCAUCUUGAUGAACGAGACGGAAGUUCCCAUCCACAAAUGGCCAAGCAUGCAUAAGAUGACUUUGGCAUUGAUGUUAAUCAGGUAAUGGUAGAAGAAGUAAUAUCUAGUUGUGAUGAUUCUCAAAUGAAUCUUGGAUCUAGAUAUGGAACUUCAUCCACUAAGCCCUCUGGUGGUGAUGAUGAUAAUGACGACGAUGAUGCUGGUGGUGACGGAUCUAAUCCCGGCGGUAGCAGUGGGCAAGGUGGUGAUGGUGGGGACUAUGGAGGAAAUGAAGGAUGGCAAGAUUAUAGACCAGAAGUGGAAUAUACACGUCCUUCCCAACUAGAAGAUGAGGGUCCACAAAGAGAAACACGUCCAGUUGAUAGGCAGUACAGUCGUAGAAAAGGAAAAGGGAAGAUGCAUCAAAUAGAAGAAGAUGCCUUUUCCCUUAGUAUGGAAUCUAUGAGUAUAGGAACAGAGCACGACUCUAAUAGUUAUGGUGGUUAUGAAUCUACACAGAACAGCUCCUCACAAUCUACAUAUGGCCAACUGUUUUCACAUGCAAAUGAGCGGGCACAACAAUAUGGAAAUUGGCAACCACAUGUCUAUGGGUAUGGACAAACAGGUCAAGAAUAUGGGUAUGAGUAUGACCAGUAUGCAAAUGCAAAACAAUCCUAUGGACAUACACAACCAGUAGAACCUACAAGAAGAAAUCCUAGCACACGAAGAUCUUCUGGCUGAGUAGAAACUGGCAUGAACCAGAUGACUACGGAGGAGUAUGAACAACACAUGUACACCUAUACUCAAUAUUUUGGAAAUUAUAUGACAUGGAGUGAUUAUUGUAAACAAUAUAUGUCAU